AUGGAAUUGCAGUCAAAAUUCCUGUUCCCUGAGUGGCUGCAACAGGGUAUAUAUUUUUUGGCGAAUCCAUUGACCCGGAUCUCCGCGACCAUGAACACAGUUCGGCGCGCCGCAUCGCAUACUCUGCGGAGCUCUCGCAAGACUUUAGUACCUCGGUGUGGGCGACGAUGGAACUCGACAUUUGAGACUAGAGAAUGGUCAACACCCCUCGCCCGCACAUUAGCUCAUGCUAUGAAGGUUACAGGGCCAAUUCCAAUUGCGGCAUUUAUGCGCCAAGUCUUGACAUCCCCUGAAGGUGGUUACUAUACAACACGUCCUGAGACAGGCGCGGUCUUUGGCAAACACGGCGACUUCGUCACCUCCCCCGAAAUAUCUCAGGUCUUCGGCGAGUUAAUUGGAAUUUGGACAAUUGCGGAAUGGAUGUCACAAGGACGGAAAAGAGAAGGAAUUCAGUUGAUGGAGGUUGGACCGGGAAAGGGAACACUGAUGGACGAUAUGCUGCGGACAUUCCGCAAUUUCAAGAGCUUCUCAUCUAGUGUGGAGGCAAUCUACCUGGUUGAGGCGAGCGGUACACUGCGGGAAGUGCAGAGAAAGCUUCUGUGUGGCGAUGCUCCCAUGGAGGAAACUGAUAUUGGUCACCGAAGUACUUGCAAAUACUUCGAUGUGCCAGUAAUCUGGGUGGAGGAUAUUCGCUUGCUACCACAUGAGGAAGGAAAAACACCUUUCAUCUUCGCACAUGAAUUCUUCGACGCUCUUCCAAUCCACGCAUUCGAAUCCGUUCCUCCAUCCCCCGAAAACGAAAUCCAAGAGCAGACAGAGAUCAUGACUCCUACCGGACCUCAAAAGCUGCACCAGCCUAUCAGACCAAAAAACGUUCCUCAAUGGCGCGAGUUGUUGGUUACAUUAAACCCGAAGGCCGUCGAAGAGAACAUCGAGGGCGAGCCUGAGUUCCAAUUGAGCAAGGCCAAAGCCUCUACACCUUCAUCUCUUGUAAUCCCCGAGAUUUCUCAGCGCUACCGUGCGCUCAAGUCGCAGCCCGGCUCAACCAUCGAAGUCAGUCCCGAAAGCAGGAUCUACGCUGCUGACUUUGCACGCCGUAUCGGUGGCGAUUCUACUUCUGCGACUGCUAAUAAGAAGGGAACCGUCGACAUUAAUGUGCCGCAGAAGAAGACACCAUCAGGUGCGGCUCUGAUCAUGGAUUAUGGAACCAUGUCUACUAUUCCCAUUAACUCGCUGCGCGGCAUCCAACACCACCGCAUAGUACCUGCGCUUUCAGCCCCAGGUCAGGUGGAUGUCAGUGCCGAUGUUGACUUCACCUCCCUUGCCGAGGCAGCUAUCGAGGGCAGUGACGGGGUUGAGGUCCAUGGUCCUGUUGAACAGGGUGAUUUCCUCAAUGCUAUGGGUAUCACUGAGCGUAUCGAGCAACUCAUUCGCAAGGCUGAUAAUGAUGAGCAUAAGAAGACUCUCGAGACUGGGUGGAAGCGGCUGGUAGAGAAGGGUGGCGGCUCCAUGGGCCAGAUCUACAAGGUUCUGGCUAUUGUGCCAGAGAAUGGGGGUCGUAGACGGCCUGUUGGCUUCGGAGGAGGUCUUCAGAUGUAG